GUCUUGUCAGUUCUUGUGUGGAGUUAAAUUUGUGCUGCAGCCUGCAGUGAGUAAUAUUUAAAAUUCUUUAUGUUAUCAUCCAGGUAAACGUUAAAAGUUGAAAACAUUUUUCUGGAUAUUUAUGAUCGUGAUAUCAAGAAUUAUUCCUUCCAUCUAAUAAAACGCAAACAUUGACAUGAAGUCUGUCUUGAGAUCUAAAAAGAAAACUAAUGAUUUUAAGUUGAUGAGAUUAGUUGUUGAUGUUGGUGGAGAAGCUUUAAGAAUAACAUUGAGGAAACAACUGUCAGGUACUGAUUUAUUUAUUGUUUUAAAUGACACAGAAAAUUAUAAUAAACUUUUGUUGCUAAAAGAUAAGCAAAUAAAGCCACAUCUAUGGGAUCUACUGUAUCCUCCUUCUCCAGUAUUACCAAAUGAAAAUAAGUUUGACAUUACUCUACUUUGUAUUCUCCUGCGUAAUAUUUGUGGUUUGAAACCAUCUCGCGAUCCAAUAUGGACGUCAGUAAAUGACCCCUCUGAUUAUUCAACUGAAGCAGAUAUUACCCGUAUCAGGUUAUUUCGUAAUGAUCGUUUUGCUCACUUACCUGACACUUCAGUAAACUCUUAUGAAUUUGAAAGUUUUUGGGUAGAAAUAAGCGAACCAUUAGUUCGUUUAGGAAUAAGUCAGGAAGAAAUAAAUAGAUUAAAGAGCGAGUCAUGUAAUAAUGAAGAAAAUAAAAGAAUAUUGAGAAGAUGGGAUGAAUUAAAGAGUGAUUUAGAAGUUUUAAAAUCACAAAUUACGAAUACCGUAAAGGAUGUCGGUGUGAUAGUAACAGAUAAAUUAGAAUUAGUAGGAGACGAUAUCAAAGAAAUCAAAGCUUGUGAACAUGGACUUAAUUCAGUUCCCUAAGAGAAUAUUUUAACAAAAAAUUUGUAAGUUGUAACUUUAAAAGUGAAAUUA